CCCAAGACGAUUAGAGCCAUUUUGUGGGAUCAGAAGAAUUUGAGCAGCUGCGGGAAACAUCGCAACAUUCUUACGGUGUCAGGCACGGAACCGGCACGUUUUGGGCGCUGUUGACCUACUCUUACCGUAAACAAGGCUACAAAGGCCCCUGCUGCCGUCUUAAGGGCGGUGUUAUCCAACUGUCGACCGGUUUAAAGCAGACUGGGAGAGGCGAUCGUACAGGUGUUUCGGUAGAGUGCCCCCGACGUCCAAGUACAAGCAAGGAGAAAAAUCGGACUUUAACCUACCCGAUCAUAACCCUCGCCGCGCACCGGGCAGCACCAUGCAGCGCCAACUCAGCCAGCCGCCCGCCGCGGACAACGAUUACUCCGACUACUGGACCGAGAUCAAAGACAUCGAGGAGAACUCGGAAAGUUUUGGUAGUGAGGAAGACUUGUGCAAGACUCCAGAUGAAUUUGAACACAACACAGAGUGGCUUAUGGACUCAGGACUCACUGGUGUGGCCUCCAAAUUCUCAGCUGGGAACGAGGUUCACAAUGUUUACGGGGAAGUUGACGAGGUUUUGAUGUCGACGUUGACACGGACGCAGGCGGCUGCGGUGGAGCGGCGCGUGUCCAACUUGAACCAGACGCUGCGGAUGAAGGGCCGGGCACAGCCGCGCGACGUCAGGGACAUCUUCCAACCACCGGCCUCACCUACCAGUCCCACAAUGCCUCAGGAGGACUCCCACAGGCAACAGGAAAGUAAGAGCACCCUG